AUGGUAGAUAUGGUAGAUUAUAAUAAUGAUGUCAUUUCAUUCAGUCGUUAUCAUGGCAUGAGGACCAACCCCAGCUGGGAGGAUUCAACUCCAGUCUCGGUCGGUACAACGAGCGAGAGAGCUAAAAGACAGGAAGAAUGGAAGAAGGGAGGAAAAUGA